AUGAAUGAAUUGGAAAAGGAUCGAAAAAGAAAAGAUCCACAUCUACAUCUAAUACGGAUUCUAGCCGAGUCAAGAUCACGAAGAUUACAAUGGGGUAAAAAUCCAAAUAAUGGCAUGCAGUGCCAUGAUAGAGAGAUGAAUUAUGGAAAUUUGUUUAGGAUAACGCGUGAGUUAUUCAAUCUUCAUGGUCGUGGUCCUCGGCAUCUUCGUCGGUCUGGUAGUGAAAAUCUUACCGAAAAUAAUUUAGAUGAUCAUCAAGAACCUGAAAUUGAAGAGGAGGCAUUUUUGACAAUGAUUGAAUCUUUAAAAGUGCCAGAUAAAGAAGAAGAAGAACCAAGAAGUCAAACUAAAAAAUAG